CUUUACGUGGUGUACUUGAAAGCACCACGAGCAGUGGAGAGGCGGGCUCUUUGAUGUGAAGCUGUCGGCGGAGCUUCUGUGUAACUUCUUCUCGAAGGCGCGCCAUGAGUGACUAUGAGGAUUUCCUCAUUGAACAUUGGGCUUCACUGGCAAAAAAGAAAGCGAAGAAAGACUCAAAGAAGGCCAAAAAAGAUGGAAAGCAUAAGAAGAGCAGACCCAAGGAGACGGACGAGGGCGCCCAGAAGAAAAAGAAAAACUCCAAAUUCCAAGAAGUGAUGACGGAAAAGAAGAAAGAAAAGAAGAAGGGAAAAGACAAGGACAAGAAGAAAGAGAAGAAGAAAAAGAAAAACAAGUUGGCUUUGAAUCUCGACGGUGAUUUGGCGUUCGCAGAAAACGGGAAGCUGAACUCCUUCCCUGAAACGUCUGCGAAGGAAGCCAAGAGAAAAAAGAUGGUGGCGUUCGCUCCCUUGCCUUCCCACGCACACGUCUUCGCCUCGUCCACGUCGGAAGAACGCAAAGCUCCCGGGGAAGACGAGAGCCGCUCCCAGUGGGGGGCAAGGAGCCAGGUCCAACCCCCUGACAGCGACUCUCAGCACAACAGCGAUGACGUGAACAGCCAGGACCUGUUCAUCACCCAGAAGACGUUCAGAGCGUCGCCCUCUGACGCCUCCGGCAGCGAAGCCGGCGACAGAGCGCUUUCUGAGUCCCCUCGUUUGUUCACGCAGCGAGACAGGGGCCAGCCCCCCACAGCGGGGGAGACGAAGACAAGUGGUGGGGCGUCAGAUAGAGGACGAGGCGGAGCGCCGCAGCAGGGUCUGCGGGAAAUAAAAACGGAGCCAGAGGAAGAAAUUCACCAGUUUCUAAAACGCUCCUCCCAGACACACCAGGCAGCAGAGAGCAAAGGGCCUGAACACGGCGGGCGUCGUUUCUUGGAUCUCCCGCUGGUUAUAAGCCCCACCCAGGAACCCGAUGCUAUCCGGCGACGCCCCCCGUACCGCCCGUACACUGCUGAGCCGGCCAGGCUUCCUGCUUCAGCAAACGCCGCGACUCAGACGGAAAACUUCUUCACGGCGGAGCUCUCCUCCUGUCUCAGCUUCUGCCGGAAGAAAAGAGCGGCUCCGCUGGGCCAGGACGACAAACCUCUGGAUCUGAGCCUGCCGCGGAGGGCGAGGGAAGGCCUCUGCGUGUCCGUGAAGAAGCCUGAGGAGGAGGCGGCGGAGUGCCGCGAGCAGACGGCACCGCAGGCGAAGCGUGCCGCCAUUAAGGAGGAACCUUCAGGCCACGUUGAGACCACACCCAGCCCUCCGUCAGAGGCUGACACCAAGUCGACCAACACCACGACCUCCAGCGAGGACGACCACCACUGCCACGCCGGGAAGCGAGACCUGACCCAGGUCAGAGCCGUUCAGCUGAGACUGAACAAACCCUUCUUCUUCAAGACGAAAGGAGGGGAGCGGUCCCCCCGUCCAGAUUCGCCGCUGAUGAAGCUCUCUCAGGGCAGAGACGGUAAAACCAAGACGUGCCGUUCAGGAAGGAGGUGAAUGAAUCCCAGCCUGCACGCUCGUCACCAGAUGUCUUCCAAAUUCUGGAACAUGCAAUGAUAAGUAAUAACUUAGCCUGUAUUAUAGUUCUAACUUGCUUAAGAAGGAUAAAAACAGUUGCCAUCUGCAGUUCUAAACCUAAUCUUUGGAUGACUUUCCACAUUACAUUUUCUACAACUGUUUUAUGAGCCUCGUUUAAAAACUCCACUGACAUAUCAAUUUUUAUAUUUGACAAGAGUGUAAAACUUUCAUCAAAUUGUAGUUUAUUGGAUUUGUUGUGCAAGACUUUUGCCUUUCAUCAAUUAAAGUCAAUUUAAG